UUACAUUCCCGGGGUGAAAGGUUAGGAGGAGCAACUGAGAAUUGAAAACUGUAUUAUGGCUUGUGUACCUUGCGCGCUUAUUACUAGUUGCGAUUCUUCUUUUGUUGAAGAAGAAAUUGUAAGACAAAUCAUUGGAAAAGAUGAUCUUCCGGUAUCUGUCCCAACAAAGGAUGCAGUGCGGUCAUACCCCUGGACUAUAGAUAACAAAUACUACGUUGCCACCAUUAAUCUGUAUGUUGUUCCAAAAACCGUGCUAGUUACAUCUGAGAUUGCAGAAGCUGUUCAGGCAUUUAUUGUCUACUUUGACAGCACAUCAAAAUGUGGUCUAGACCGUGUGUCACCAUGGCUUCCAUUAACAGAAGAAUGGAGUCCUGAGGUUCUGAUUCUGGUCUGCAGCAGAGUUUCAGAAAAUGGCGUACCACGACAGAAAGCUCAGGAAUGGUGUAUUGCACAUGGCUUUGAACUGGUGGAACUUGACCCAGAAGAUGUGCCUGACGAAGACGACCGAAACCAGGGUUUUGGCCUUCUCACCAGUUUAGUUGGAGUACAUCACAACACUGGAAGAGAUGACAACCAAGAAGCCGAAUGUAAAUCAGGGGAAGCAAAAGAGGAUCAUUUGCUUGAUGACCAGGGAGGUGGAGCUGCCAAGAGUGACCUUCAGGUUGAUAGUGUUACAGAUUCAAUGUUAGACUUAGAUAUACAGGAACUAGCUAGUCUUACUACUGGAGAAGGAGACUUUGAGAAUUUUGAACGUCUUUUUUCAAAGUUAAAGGAAAUGAAAGACAAAGCAUCAACUCUUCCUCAUCAGCAAAGGAAACUACAUGCAGAAAAGGUUGCAAAGGCAUUCUGGAUGGCAAUUGGUGGAGACCAAGAGGAAAUUGAAGGCUUGACAUCUGAUGAUGAAAAUUAACUUACUUCUGUAUAACUAUAAAAGUGUGCAGGAUAUGUUGUAAGUUUUCACAGAAGUUACAAAUUUGUUUUUUCUUAGUGGAUGAAGCAUGACAAGGACACAGUGGCAAUAUUUGUAAUCCAGCUAUGGAUAUAAUAUUAAUCCCUUCCAAAAAAACAACAUAAACAACCAAUCUUUCAUCAUUUACAACCUAGAAGAAAAUGGACAUUAUUGUGAGCUACUGCUGUUAAUGUUGCUGUCAGAAUGGCUCACAUUUUUAAAAGUGUUGCUGCUUUUGUCUACUGCUGUGUUAUUGCCACUGAUAAGUGAUUUACUUCCUUGUUCAGAAAGAUGUUAUGCAAGGAUGAAACUAGUAUGGAAAAUGUUGCGUUUAAUGCAGUUUUCCCUGAUGAUUGUGUAUUGGGUAGUAGGAAUAUGGAGGAGGAGAAAAAUUGCUCCUACAUAUCUUAUUGAAGACAGUAUAUCAGUAUAUUCUGUAUAUAAAAAGAUUUGUGUACUUCUGAGAUGCACCAAAUUCGGUAAGGUGUUUUGAAAAAAUUAAGUACCUUGUGAUUUGUAACGGUUGCUAUGUUUUUCAGUUGGAAUCAGCAGGACCUUGUUAUAUGAGGUUCUCCAAAAAGAGAAGCUCGUCUUUGUUCUGCUACUGAAGGUAUUUUAUAUUAAAGGGUGUUCUUUUUUCCUUAGGAUGUAGCUACAUUGAUUACUCUUCAAAUGGGUAGCCAAGCGGUAAAUGAGACCUCUGUUCCUUUUGUAAAUCCUGGAGUGAGCACUGCAACCACUAGAAUAAUUUUUUUCCUAGCUUUUUUCUACAGACUUUAGCACAAAGGGUAGCUUUGCAGCAGCUGUGAUUGUAUUGAAGAUUGGUCUUGUAAACCCCCGAAGUCUGGCAAAAUAAUUCAUUACUCAUCUGUUUUCUGAAACCAUAGUCUUCUGCUUAUUGAAGUUUGCUUUCUUAAACAUUAUCCCAGUGUCAUAAAUAUUGUAUGCAAAUGACAUUGGCAUUCUCUGUUGUUCAAACUCUUAUCUAAACUGCAGUAAUGCUUAUAAAACAACUUUAGUGAUGCAAGGGAUUGGUUAUUCAAGAUGGAUCUAGUGAUCAGCUGUGCCAAAGCAACCACAAAAAUCACCACUGAGCUUUUCACAUCUGUGUGGAAGACCCCACCCAACCGAACAUCGGUGAUACCUAGAUCUCUUAUUUGAUCAGAGCCUUAUAUUCACCACACAUACCAACUGCAUAACUCUGCAAGUUCUAGAACAACUGAAAGUGGUUUAAGUAUUCUAACCUGCUGAACUGGGAAACAACAAGGUCCAAAGCAAUCUAAGUGUUACACUUAAUCAACUACUUAACAGCUCACUUAACUCGGUACAGAACACACACACAGGUAGCAUUUAACAAGAUGUGUUGAUCAACAACGGUAGCAAGCCAUAGUGAGCAUCACUGCCCCUCACUGUGAAGAGCAGAGUGGUUGCCAGUAACUGUAAUGGCAACAUUUUUCUUGACUUGAUCAGCAUUUAAGAUAUAACACUUUUCUUUCUGUCUUCCACUAAUUUCAUAGGCAGACUUUAGGUGUACAGUCCAGGAGACCAUUAAGGAGCUUAGCCCAAAUUCCUAAUUUCCCCAAAGUUCUGUAUGGUUAAAUGACUUGCUCAAAGUUUGACAGGUGGCAAAGGAAGGCUGAGGGACUCAAACUCUAUGUUACUGGAAGUAGUGUAUUAAUAGCUCACCACUUAUAACCUUAGUCCUCUGUGUUAACUGAUAGAGUAGCAUAAACUCGUGCAGAGAGAUGCAGUUUAUUCACUUCCCUCAAGCAUGGAUGACACCAUCACUUUGGUAAUAAUUCCAUUCAACAGAAAUUUAGGUGACAGAGCUUUCUCUUACUCUGUUUUAGCAUCAUGGAGCUCUCUGCUAUAAGAAAUCAGACAAAUUAAUGAUUUUGAGCAUUUCAUGGAGAAAUUUCUAUAAUACCUAAUUAAUGAAUGUAAAUGUAUGCGUUUUGAUACAAGAUAACAAAAACCCAGAGCAGCAUUCACACAAAUUACUAAAUUAUGCACACGGAACCGAAGCCAGAGAUUCCACCACCAAAAGUUUUAUUUGCUGAGCAUUUUCAUCAUGAAGUCCUCUUUUAUGUGGAUGAAAGCGCUCAAGAAAUAAAACUUUUGGUGGCAGAUUCUCUGGCUUCGGUUCUGUGUGUGUUCUCAAGUUCAUUUCUGUUUUUUGUGGUUCAGAGUGAAAUUACUAAAUGACUAUCACUGCUGCACAGAUGUUUAUUUACUCAGAUGUUUAUAGUGAACAUGUUAAUUUCAUUCUGUUCUUCUUUUACUAAUUUUGUGUAUUAUAUGUAAUGUACAAGACUUUCACUAUUUUAAAUCUAUUAUAAUUUAUAAUCUACAAGGUUUGCAGUGUGCUAAACCUAUUAUUUUCAUUUCUCCGUUUCCAUUGUACAUUCAGUAUAUGUGUUUAUAUAUGCUGAUUUGCCUAACAGACCCAGGUUGUGGCUGAACAUUGUCUGUACACCAGUCCACUGUUGAAGGAACAUGAAUAUGAAGCUUAAAAAAAACUGGAAAAUUGAAGAUGUUAGGGCAGUAGACCAAAAUUUGCUGAACACUUGAAGAUAUCAAUUUGAUUCUUUCUGGAAGUAAACCAGAGUUACUCAAUGUUUGAUCCAUUGCAGAACACUUCAAGCUACAGUGUGGCAGUGGACAGACAAAAGCAACAGCAACCUCCUUACCAGCUGGAUGUGUAUAUGUAUUCCUUUUCCAUGUUGUAUGUACAUUGUUGCACAUCUGACAACUUAUGAAUGAGGGAGGAGGAUAAACAUAGUGUGUCCUGGUAACUUAUGGUGACAGUAACUUGAAGCCUUCAAGCUCCACCUUAUUUUGUCUUUCAGUACUGUAAUGGAAGAAAGAAGUAUGGCUGGUAAUAUAUUAGAAAGAGGCACAUAGAGGAGAUCAGCACAUUUGUAAGCUGAAUAUAAUUUUUAAUUCUGACUUGACAAAUUGUAUAAAUCUGGAAUACUAGCACUGCUAGCACUUACCAUAAUAUGUAUGCAUUAGACUGGAAACUGGCAUUUUUUAUUUUGUUUUUUAGAUUACUGUUGCAUUUAACCAUUCCCUCUGUGUUAGGGAAUGUUAUGAAGAACAAAUAUCUUAAUAGCAUGGUAUUCAUGUUCCACUACUGAGUUGUGUGAGUAUGAACCACAGGAGAUACUUUGCUGAGUUUCUACAGGACAGAUCUUUCUGUAGAACUUCUGACAUUUGAUUUCAUGAUUCCUAUUUGUAAGUUGAAAUUAUUUUUUUGUAAUGCAGUCAAAUUAAAUAUUUUAUCUGUCA